AUGGAGUUCAUUCAAACGCUCCAAGGGCAAAUUCUGGAGGAGAAUCCUCUAUUAGCCAAACCCAGCGUUGCCGCUGUCUUUCUGGUCCUUGUAGCCUUCGUCGUGCUCCGAUGGCGAGCCCAAAAGGGGCCAAAGCUGGAUUACCCCGUCCUCGGGGAUGUCACACAGACUGAUUUCCGGCCAGCCCUUGAAGAGGGCGCAAAGAAGUAUCCCAAGUCACCCUUUGUUAUAGCUACGCCCAUGCACCCGACGGUCAUUCUCCCUGUAUCCGCAAUCAAAGAGAUCAAGGCCCUGCCAGAAAACAUUCUUUCACUUCGUCAACACCAUUACACUAUCUUCCUUGGGAAGUACACAGGUUUUGGAGAGCCUUGUGACGAGCUUGACGCGGCAAUUCGGGUAGACCUCACCCGCCAUCUUGAACAGAAUCUAGCGACCUUCUACGACGAGGUGGAAUACGCCUACCGAAAGCAUGUAGGCGACUCUACAGACUGGACUCCAGUCCCACUCUACGAUGCUAUUUUGGGAAUUGUCUGUCUACUCAGCUCUCGUGUGUUCGUUGGCCUGCCACUGAGCCGAGAUGAAGAAUGGAGCCGUGUCACGAUGCAGUAUUCCUUGGACGCCGGGCACGGGGCUCAUUCCCUCUCCCCAUAUCCGAAUCUCCUCCGGCCCCUCGUGGCCCCCUUUAUCCUGAAGCGCCUGAGCCAGCAUCGAGCCGCAGCACGGCGCAUGCUCCAGCCAGUUCUGGACAAAAUCACCGCUGGUCACCGCCGCAACUCAGCGGCCACUGGCCGAAGUGUUGACACGGGAGGUGAUCUGAUGCAGUACAUUAUGGGUCACUACAAGCGCAAGGCUACAAUAGAGCUGCUUGCGCGAGACCAGCUCGUUGCCACGUUUGUAGCCAUGCACACGACAACCAUCUGCAUCACCCAGACGCUCUUCGACCUUGCCGCCCGACCAGAGUAUCUUGCCCCUCUACGAGAGGAACUAGCACUAGUCCUCGCUACAGACGGUGCCCACGAUGGUCGACUUCACAAAGAAUCCAUGCUUCAUCCGCGAAAGCCAGCGCAUGAACCCCCCGGUCUGGUCUCUAUGCUUCGCCACGUGACUGCCCGCGAAGGGCUGCACUUGUCCACCGGCCAUGUAAUCCCAUAUGGCAGCGUGGUGGGCAUUUCCGCCCAUGAAGUGACCCGGUCGUACCCAAACGGAGACAAAUUUGACGGCUUUCGUUUCAGCAAGUUGCGCGAGCAGCCGGGCCAGGCGACGAUGCAUCAGCUGGUUGCUACGGGCCCCGAUCACCUUGCCUUCGGCCACGGCACGCAUGGAUGUCCCGGCCGGUUCUUUGCGGCGAGCGAGAUCAAGGUGAUCAUGGCGUAUUUGCUACAGAACUAUGAUAUUCGUCUUGAGGAUGGUGCCACCAGGCCGGAGAAUUUACAUGUGGGGUGUACCGUGGCGCCAUCUUCUGAUGCUAAGGUACUUUUUCGCAGGAGAAAGGACGGACUGAUCUGA